CCCCGACAUUGAAGAGGCCGCCCACGGUGCAGCGGCUUCUGGGAUGUACCCCGUACAUUGUCUACUACUUGUACCUGCUUCGUGGACCGGUUUUGACCCAGCUUUCAAAAACCUGUCCCCCCUGCUUUCGCGGCGCCCCUACGGAUUACGUCCUAGCCAAUGGGCAUAAGAGUGUUUUAGAUUGUUCGCCCGUCCGUGACCCGACCCGAAGCGGCGCAGAUCGGCCGCCUGGUGGACUGCUGUCCAGGGGCCGACGCGUUGACACGGACGGCCAGCCUGCUCUUCACGAUGGACUUGGGCCGCCUCAAGAGACUACCAAGUUGUGCGGACCAAGAGUGCCCAUCACAGAGAGAAGCUGCAGAUACCCCUCGCCGCACCAGUGGCACAAACCACCACCUGGCUGCAGCACACGGACGGCUCAGCAAUCUGGGGAUUCGGCGACAACACGUAUAUGGACGUCCAGGCGCACCCCCAGCAAGGCUCCAUGCAUGCAUCACGUCGGUCCCAUGCUCAAGCAAGUUCCGGGCCCGAUGCCAGUGGGCCCACGGCGACGUCAACCAUAAGUCGCCUUGCGGCAGUCGGGGCGCGGACAUUGGCUCAUCACGUCGGAAAGACUUGUCUCUGCCCCCGACCAGCGUCGCGACAUGGAACCGUCGGCCAAGACGCAAGCGGCCCCGUCGCCUCUUUUAGUUCGCAAGUGCAGUGCCUCGAUGCCGAUUAAUCAGGCUCUACCAAAGAUACUUGGUCCCCCCCCCCUUCCUUUUUGCCAUGUGGGUGACGCAGCUGUCACCCCGAGGUCAAGUGUUCCCGCGCCCACGGCGUUUUGAUGCCAGGCCGUGCCAUGUUCCACUUAGCAGAGACACACAAACAAGCUUGCUUCUGGGGUCGGUGAACGAGCGGCUACCUACGCCCGCGUAUAAAGUGAGAGGUAGGCCCCAGAUCAGCGUGCGUGGAGGGUUUUCCUUUUGACUCGCCCGUGCCAGGCAGGGAAACAAACGUCGCGGCAGUAGUAGACAGACUCUAGUUGCCUACCAUGAAGUAUCUGAACCUUCUCGCCGUCUCUCUGGUCGGGGCUGGCCUCGCUUUUGCCCAGUGUCCCUUCGCGGACCCGUCACGACUUGCUCCCAGAGCUGAUGGCGUCACGUCUCGCGACCACGUCGCCCAGUACGACGUCGAUGACAGCCAAGGCUAUCUGACGUCGGACGUCGGCGGACCCAUCGCGGACCAGGACAGCCUGAAAGCCGGCGAACGAGGGCCGACUCUUUUGGAAGACUUCAUCUUCCGGCAAAAGAUUACGCGCUUUGAUCACGAACGAGUGCCUGAAAGGGCUGUCCAUGCUCGCGGAGCCGGUGCAUACGGCACCUUCACCAGCUACGGCGAUUACAGUAACAUCACGGCCGCGUCCUUUUUGGGGGCCAAGGACAAGAAGACACCCACGUUCGUGCGCUUUUCCACCGUCGCUGGCUCCCGCGGCAGCGCAGACACGGCACGCGACGUCCACGGCUUUGCUGUCAGGCUCUUCACCGACGAAGGCAACUUUGACAUUGUCGGCAACAACAUUCCCGUCUUCUUCAUUCAGGACGCCAUCCAUUUCCCGGAUCUGAUCCACGCCGUCAAGCCCCGGUCUGACAAUGAAAUUCCCCAAGCCGCGACGGCGCACGACAGUGCCUGGGACUUCUUCAGCCAGCAGACGUCGACGCUGCAUACACUCUUCUGGGCCAUGGCGGGCAAUGGCAUCCCGCGAAGCUUUAGACAUAUGGACGGCUUUGGUGUCCACGCCUUCCGCUUCGUCACCAACGACGGCCAAACCAAACUGGUCAAGUGGCACUGGAAAACAAAGCAAGGCAAGGCCAGUCUAGUCUGGGACGAGGCCCAGCACGUCGCAGGCAAGAACGCCGACUUUCAUCGUCAGGAUCUUUUUGAUGCCAUCGAGUCGGGCAACUACCCCGAGUGGGAGCUCAAUAUCCAGGUCAUCGAGGAGGACCAGGCGCUCAGCUUUGGCUUCGACGUCAUGGACCCAACCAAGAUCAUCCCUGAGGAACUCGCUCCUCUCCGCCCCGUGGGCGUGAUGCGGCUAGACGCCAAUCCCGUCAACUACUUUGCUGAAACGGAGCAAGCCAUGUUCCAACCUGGCCACAUCGUCCGCGGUGUCGACUUCACCGAGGACCCCCUGCUACAGGGGCGGAUUUUCUCAUACCUCGAUACUCAAAUUAACCGCCACGGCGGCCCCAACUUUGAGCAGUUGCCCAUCAACCGGCCCAUUGGCAAAGUCCACAACAAUAAUCGCGAUGGCGCCGCGCAGAACAUGAUUCCCAAGAAUAUGGCACCUUGUGGGUCUUCAGCCUACCUGUCUUACGAAAAAACCGCAUCGUCUAAUGCCUUAAUACAGACAGUCCAAACACCCUCAACAAGGGCUUCCCCAUGCAGGCUAACCAGACCAACGGCAAAGGGUUCUUCACCGCGCCCAACCGCAAGGCCGACGGCCCGCUGGUGCGCCGCCGCAGUCCGACCUUUGCCGACCACUGGAGCCAGCCGCGACUCUUCUACAACUCCCUGACCAAGGUCGAGCAGCAGUUCCUCAUCGAUGCCAUCCGCUUUGAGACCAGCCAGGUGCAGCCAUCGGUACAAAAGAACGUCUUAUUCCAGCUCAAUAAGAUCAGCCACGACAUCGCUGUGCGCGUGGGCAAGGCUCUCGGCCUGGAGGCGCCCGCUGAAGACGACCGCUACUACCAUAGCAACACGACCAAGGGCAUUUCCAUCUUCGGCCAGAAACUGCCCACCAUCGCAACCCUGCGGGUCGGCGUCCUCGCCUCAACCGCCGUCAAGGAGUCCAUGGAUCAAGCCGGCUCACUCAAAAGCGCCUUUCAGGCCGACAGGGUCAAGGUCAUCACUGUGGGUGAGUCCCUCGCCGAGGGUGUCGACAUAACCUACUCAGCCGCCGAUGCCAUUGGUUUCGAUGGCAUCAUAGUGGCCUCAAGCGGCGGUGCCCUGUUUGAAGCGGCCAACAAGACCACACUGUUCCCACCCGGUCGGCCAGCUCAGAUUCUGAGAGACGCCUACAAUUGGGGCAAGCCCGUCGGCUUUCUUGGCUCCACGGGCAACGCCCGCGCGGCGGCUGGCGUCCAAGAUGGCCCAGGAGUAUUUGCGGCCAGUGAUGUCGACUCCGUGGUCAAGGACUUCAGGGAUGGCCUUGCUGUGUUCAAGUUUACGGACCGUUUCCCGUUAGAUGCAGGUGCCUAACCUAACAUGAAGCAUGGCAAGAGUGCAACCAACGGCUGUGCCCGGUGUUGAUUGAGUUUCGCUUCUCUUUCGGUAGAUACCUAGAGCUCAAAGCUGGCUCCAAGUCUGCAAUCAAUCAAGGUUGAUGUCCUGUGCCAUGCUCUGACCUGAUGCAUUGAGAGGGAAUAAAACUCGCGUUACCGUAUAUGGUUCUUCUGGAGACGCCAAGCAACGCAUCGCCAUCAUCAAAAUUGGAAGUCGAC